UUGAAUUAUAAACAUGAUACAGUAGUGUAAUUCUUUGAAAUCGUUAGAUGUUCAUUAUUAAGGAUCCUCAAGGAGAAUUAUUUUUAUGUAAACUAUACUAUAAAAAAAUGAUAAGUAAUUAUAUAUAAUCUUAAUUAUGACUAUUAUGAAUGUUACUACUUUAUUUUUUGAUAUGGAUAUAUUGCCGAAGAUUCUUCCUGGCCAAUCAAUUACUGAAGUGUCAUCCAAGUUACAACUUGAAGAAAUAAGAAUAUUAAUACCUAAAUUAGUUGACUUAGUAAAUGAUCCAAACACACACUUAGAUGCAUUACAAUGGUUAAGUUCCAUAAUAACUGUUAAUAGAAUACGCGUUAUAAGAGAUCCAACCUUACAUGAACCUUUAUACAAAUUGAAAUCCUUUGAUGAUGUAAGUUUAAGAAGUUUUAGUAUGGUGGCAAAAAUAUUCAAAUUAAAAGGAAGAUUGGAAACAAUCACUGAACGUAUGAUUAAAAGAAAAAGUGGAACAUUGGAACCAUAUAGUACCUAUAUGGAUGAAGAUUCUACAGAUAGAAUUGACAAAUUUCUUCUUAUGAGUCAAGUAAAACCUAUAGAAUCUGAUGAUGAUGAUAUGGAUUUAAGUAAAAUUGCAUAAAUAACAUUAUAUUUUUUUUAAAUUUAUGUAUUAAACAAUAAAAAUAAAGAUAUAUAGAUAACA